GUAAAACCCUAGAUGGGAAGGGGAAAGAUAGUGAUCCGAAGGAUCGAUAACUCGACGAGUAGACAAGUUACGUUCUCAAAGAGAAGGAAUGGAUUGUUGAAGAAAGCUAAGGAGCUUGCGAUUCUUUGUGAUGCUGAAGUUGGAUUGAUUAUUUUCUCUAGUACUGGAAAGCUCUAUGAGUUUUCUAACACAAGCAUGAAAUCAGUUAUUGAACGAUACAACAAAACGAAGGACGAUUGUCAGCAGUUGCACAAUCCAGUUUCAGAACUCAAGUUGUGGCAGAGGGAGGCAGAGAUUUUGCGGCAACAACUACAGGACCUGCAAGAUAAUCAUCGGCAAUUAUUGGGAGAGGAGCUCAGUGGUUUGGGCGUAAAAGAACUAACUAAUCUGGAGAAUCAACUGGAAAUGAGCUUAAAGGGUAUCCGUAUGAAAAAGGAGCAAAUAUUAAAGGACGAAAUUCAAGAGCUAACUCGAAAGGGGAGCAUUAUACAUCAAGAAAAUAUGGAACUCUACAAGAAGGUAAAUCUCAUUCGACAAGAAAAUGCAGAAUUGUAUAAAAAGGCUUAUGGUACAAGAGAUGCUAAUGCAGUGAAUGGAAACAUCAACUAUCCGUAUCGCUUCACAGUGAGUAGGGAAGUUCAGGCCCCCAUCCAUCUGCAGCUAAGCCAGCCUGAGCCACAAUAUUUUGAGAUGCAAGCAGGAACAUCUGAUUCAAGGUAGAUGUCAAUGGUGGAAGUAAAGAUCAAUGACUUAACAACCUAAACUACAGGGCAGCAGAAGAGGAUUGCAGUGUUUUUAUGAUAUAUAUAUAUGUAUUAGCGUGAUGAAAAUACAAAGGCAUCUCAUAAAAUGAUGUACUACAUCUUAUUCAUAAUGCUAGCGUACAUUAUCUCUGCUGCCAUUGUAAUUCAAACAGCUGAUAUUGCACAUAACCAGAGCUGAGGCGAAAACAGAAUUUUUAAUU